AUGGAGAGAGUGCCACCCCAUUUGUUCAGGGAUAAAAGAAAGAAACAACAAAAACGUCGCUGUAGCAUAUGGAGAGAUGAUGAGGUUGCUGUAACAUCACAAGAACCUCAAGAAUGUGCCUUGGUUCAUGGCAGAAUCAUGGAGCGAGAUUACAAGAGCAAGGAAGAGACUGUAAAACAUCUACUGGAACAGUUUGGAAUCACACCUGAAUCGACCAACCUCAAAUAUCAUAAUCUUUCUUCUCCAUCCUCCUGCGAGUUGAAGGAACCAGGUCGGAUCUUGGAAGAUUUCGUAAAUGGCAAAUCCAGAGCACAAAGAUGGGAUAUAUUAUUCACAAAAAAGUGGAUGGUGCAGCAGAAGUUUAAAGUUGGAGUAGGAAAGGCGUGGUCUACGCAGCGGUGGUGCUAG